ACGAGUACUCCUUCCUACCACAAUCGCAAUUUCGUUUCCCCACCACAAAUUUCAAAUUCCAACGCUCCCUCCUGCCCUCCGUCCCCAUCUCGCCGCCAUGGACGCCGCCGCCGACGAGAUGGACGUCGACCUCGACGCCGCCGACGAGAUCGACUCCCCUUACUCCGCCUCCGCCUCGGCAUCCCCAGCCUCAGGCUCCGGCUCCCUCUCCGCCGUCCUCUCCGAGCUCGCCGCCCUCCACCGCCGAGCCUCCUCCGCAUCCUCCCCGCCCUUGUCCCUCUCCUCCCUCACUUUCCUCUCCUCCGCCCCAUCCACCGCCUCCCUCUUCCCCCGCCUCGCUGCCGCGGGCCUCCCAGCGUCCUCGUUGGUCGCCCCGCUGGCCGCAUCGCUCUCCGCGCACCCGCUCCAGGCCACCGUCGCCUACCUCCGCCUCCUCCUCGUCCCGGCCUCCCCGCUCCUCACCCUCUUCUCCCCGCUCCCCUUCCUCUCCCUCCUCCUCGCCCUCCGCAAGGCCGCAUCCGCCGCCGCGCACGGCAACGCCAACCCUAACCCCGGUUCCGGUUCCGGCGCCGGCAACCCCCGCAAGCGCAAGAACCAGCACCAGCGCCAGCCGGCCUUCCCGCGAGCAGCGCCGUCGCUCCUCCCGCAGGCGCUCUCCCUGCUCGCCGACGCCGCGGGGAGGCUGCCGCUCGGGGCCCACCCGGACGCGCGGAGGUCGCUCGUCGACACCGCCGUGGAGCUCGCCGCCUUCGACGUCCUCGCCGCCGUUCUUGGAUCCGACUACCACGCCGAGGCGGUUCAGGAUGUGAUACGUGCGCUGGCCCCGGUGGUGCUCUCAGGUACGAAAUCGGCGACAAGGGUGGCCGCAUUGCAGUUCCUUGUGAGAAAGUUGGUGCCUUUGGGUGCCGAGGGAAGGGAGGACGGUGUGAGGAAGGCUGUGGAGUACCUGCCGAGGUACUUGGCGGUGAAGGCGCCGGACAAGGCAGAGGCCAGGGGGCUGGCGGUGGAGGCGAUAGUCGAGGCCGUGCGGGCAUUGGGGGAAGAGGAAAGGGAGGGGUUUGCUGGAUAUGUGGUGGCCUUGGCGAGGGGGAAGGCGAAGGGACGGCUGCUUGCUGUGGAUUUGGUCCUCGCAAUGCUGCCGAUGCUGUUGCCAUCGGAUGGGGAUGACUGUGGUCUGGAGGAUGGCUCUUGGGGGCUGAAGUGUCUGCGGGUGUUGGUAGAGAGGUGCUCAGAUAGCGUGGGAGGGGUUCGAGCUCGGGCGUUGACGAAUGCAGCCCAGGCGCUUGAUGUUUUGUCUGAGAAAGGUGUGGAGGUUUCCCGCUUGCAGGAGGUGAUGAAGAUUGGGAACAUGGGGCUUGGGGAGUUGUUGAGAUGGCGCUGCACCGAUGAUAAGGCAGCUGUGAGGAAGGCUGCGCUUGUGCUCACAACGAAGGCGAUUGGAUUGAUUGGGAGACCUGUUGAUGAGUCGCUACUUUGUGCAAUGGGGGCUGCAUGCUCCGAUCCAUUAGUCAGCAUCCGCAAGGCUGCUCUUGCGGCCAUCUCAGAGGUCUUUAGAAAAUUUCCUGAUGAGAGAGUGACAAAAGAGUGGCUUCAGGCUGUGCCUCCACUUGUGAUCGAUAGUGAGACAAGCAUCCAGGAGGAAUGCGAGAACUUGUUUCUUGAACUGGUCCUUAACAGGAUCUGCCAAGCUAGCAAUUUGAACCUAGAUGAUGAUUCUGUCACCUUGGAGGAAGUGUUUCCUGACGGGACACUGGAUUUGCUGAAAAGCAUCUGUGAUGGAGAAGUUGCUCCAUGCAUAAGGAAGAUAUGUGCAAGCCUUGGGAAGAAGAAAAGGCUGAAACAACUACUUGCUAGCUCACUCCAGAACGUCAUCACAAUAUCUGAAUCCUUGUGGUUGAGAAGUUGUAAGCCAAUUGAGAAGUGGACUGCACCGACAGGGUCUUGGUGGCUUCUAUCAGAGAUCUCAUCAUUUGUACCUAAAUCUGUUAAUUGGAAGUUCCUCUCUCACCACUGGAAACUCCUUGAUAAUGUUGGACAUGAUGACGGAGGUAAAGUUUGUUCUGAAGGGGAACCAAACUCUGCGCUGUGGGCUGUUAAUCGUGUGUCACUCUUGCAAACUAUUUCAAAUGUCUCCAAGGAGCUACCUGUGGAACCUGCAGCAGAACUGGCACACAGCUUGCUCACAAGGAUUGAGAAUUUUGAUAUGCACCCGAGUGAGGUUGAUGCCCAUGUAAAAUCGCUGAAAACUUUAUGUAAAAGGAAAGCAAAAACAGAUAAGGAGGGUGAUGCGCUAAUCCUGAAGUGGGCACAGCAACUUAUCCGUACUGCUGUUGACAUCCUUGACCAGUACAUAAAACAGACAUCAGAAUCUGCCAGGGGUCACAGUUUCUUCACUCCUCCGAGUGGCAAGCAUAAGGGAAUGAAAGAGACAUCCACGCCAAAGUCAGCAUCACAAUCAGUUAUUGCGGUCUUCACUGUUGGAUCGCUGAUCCUAGCUUGCCCCACGGCUAGUGUGAAAGGCAUCACUCCUUUGCUACACACAAUCAUAACUUCUGGAAACUCUGAGCCAAGGCCAAAAAAGCUUGUUGGUGGGACUGUUUCUUUCAAAGAGUUAGCUCCAUCUUUAUAUAUACAAUCUUGGGAUACAUUGGAAAAAAUAUGCCUUGUGGAUGACAAAGUAGCCAAACGAUAUAUUCCAAUUUUUGUUCAGGAGCUUGAGAGGAGUGAUUUAGCUACCCUUCGGAAUAAUAUAAUGAUUGCAAUGGCAGACUUCUAUGUCCGUUAUACUGCAUUGGUUGACUGUUAUGUAUCAAAAAUAACAAAAUCACUUCGUGACCCCUGUGAAGUAGUACGGAGACAAACAUUUAUCCUACUCUCUAAGCUGCUACAGAGGGACUACGUAAAGUGGAGAGGGGUCCUCUUCCUUCGGUUUCUGCCAUCUUUAGUUGAUGAGUCGGAGAAGAUAAGGCAUUUGGCUGACUACCUUUUCGGGAACAUCUUAAAAGCUAAAGCGCCACUCCUUGCAUAUAACAGUUUUAUUGAAGCUAUCUACGUCCUAAACAAUUGCACAGGACAUGGUGCAUAUAGUGAGUCUCAGGGAAGUUCAGACAGAGGGCCUGCCCUUUUUGCAAUACGUGGCACUGACGAAAGAUCGAGGUCAAAACGAAUGCACAUUUAUGUCUCUUUGCUGAAACAAAUGGCACCGGAGCACCUUUUAGCCACGUCGGCCAAAUUAUGUGCUGAGAUCUUGGCAGCUGCUUGUGAUGGCUUGCUCAGUGUUGAUGAUGCAGCAGGAAGGGCUGUACUUCAGGAUGCUCUGCAAAUACUGGCUUGCAAGGAGAUGCGCAUCCAUCCCAACAUCUGCUCAGACAAUUCUGAGAUGGACGAGGAAGGCGGCGAAGGCGGAGGAACGGCUAGCGCGCUCCUCGCGGCCAAAGGGAGGGCGGUCACCCAGGUUGCAAAGAAGAACCUGAUCCAAAUUGCAGUCCCCAUAUUCAUCGAGCUGAAGCGGCUGCUCGAGAGCAAGAACAGCCCCCUCAGCGGCUGCUUGAUGGAAUGCCUGCGCGCCCUGCUCAAGGACUUCAAGAACGAGAUCGAGGAGAUCUUGGUUGCAGACAAGCAGCUCCAGAAGGAGCUCCUGUACGACAUGCAGAAGUACGAGGCCGGCAAGGGGAAGGCCAAGGCCACGGCCACGGCCGAGGCUGGUCCCAGCAGGUCCCCGGCCAGGCAAACACCCUCCGGCAGGGUUGCUGCAGCUGCAGCGUCAGUUGAUGCAUCUGCUAGAGCCACUGUCAGGUCAGUGCUGAAGGAAGUGAACCGGAACACGCCGACGCCGCCGCUCCAUUCGAUGAGCGUGCCCAAGGUGAAGUCGAUUCUGGGGAGCGCCUGCCUCGGCUCUCGCCGCCCCGACGUUCUGGAGUCAGUCAGGCGGCUUCAGCCGUUUGAGUCAGACGAUGAGAACUAGCCUGCGCACUUCCAUGGUCUGAUGAUCAUUUUAGCAUGAUGCUAACCUACCGGAUUAGCAGGGUACGAACUAAGCUCAUUCUCUCAAUGGGUUUUUUUUCCCCCUUCGCCAACUAGCAGUGUACAGAUUCUUAUGAUCCUAUGGUGUUAAAAAAAGAUUAAAACAAUUGCAAUUUCUCAUCUUUUAUUUUUGCAAUGCGAGUAUCUCACUAAGU